AUGGGCCACGUGAUCAUCGGCUUGCCAGCACACACGCUCUCCAUAACCGAGUUCCACCCGCAGUGCGUGAGAAACCCUCCCACGGCCUCGUGCUCGAGAAUCAAGACUUGUGGGGCCCACCCCUUGAUCACCAGCCCCUUCUCCUCUCCUACCCACCCCUUCCCCUCUCCCUCUUUCACGACCCAUAAGAAACUCCUCCCGCACGACUCUAACCCGGCCGCCAUCUCCCGAACCUGCGCUUCCGAGAAAAACGAGAUGCCAAUCCAAACAGUCCCUUGCGCUCUUACCGCCGCCUCUCAGCGCUUUAUCCGCGCCGUCUCUGUUGCAGAGGGAGACGGGGCCCACGUGCCAUGCCCGCUUGUUGACCGUGCGCUUGUAGUGGUCAACAUAAGCCGGCUCGAGUUCCCGGAAGCUAUUCACGACGACCCCGAAGCUCGUACCCUCCUUCUUGGUCGAGUCUUUCACGUGUUUGCCGGCGGGAUUUUGCCCUCGCAGAUAGUCUGGCAGCUGCAGUUUGGUCAUCCGCACGGCGUCCGGGAGUCCCGGGACCACGAAUUCGUCCGAGUCUGGCGUGUGCCGGAUCAAGCUGUGAUACACGCAGAGCGGAAAGAAUCCGGCUCCGUGAAAAACGAGCCGAGGGAUCCGAAGAUCGGCCGCUACCUCGUCGGCCCACGAGAAGAAAAAGUCGGAGACGAGGCAGUCGGGCGAGUCCUGUCGCAGGACGAGCUCGACCGCGUGCCUGAGGAGCCCGAGUGCUUUGAUGAACUUGGCGGACAUGUGUGGGGAUGUGACGGAGGAGAGGCUCUCGCAGCCGUCCGGGAGGCCGGCUUGUGGGCCCGGAAAUGGGAUUUCGAUGAUGUCGAUGUUUAG